CUUUCUUUCUCAAUCUGUUGAGUUUGCACCAGGCUCACCAGCCACUGGUAUAACUACAGGGACGGGGUGUCAUGGGGCCUGCCAUAACCAUGACCAGCUUCGGGACUGCUGUCCUCUUCUGGGCUGUGGUAGUGUGGACUGAAGCAGCCGGACCUCUGGGAGGGACAGAGGAGACUGGACUUCAAAAAUGCAAGAAUGCCUUGAAACUACCCGUCCUGGAAGUCUUACCUGGAGGUGGCUGGGAUAAUCUGCGGAAUGUGGAUAUGGGACCGGUGAUGAACUUGACCUACACCAACUGCAGGACCACAGAGGAUGGGCAGUACAUCAUCCCAGAUGAAAUCUACAUCAUUCCCCAGAAACAGAGCAACCUGGAGAUGAACUCAGAAAUCCUGGAUUCUUGGGUAAACUACCUGAGCAGCACCUCCUACUCCAUCAACACAGAAUUCUCCGUAUUCUCCACAGUGAAUGGCAAAUUCUCCACUGAGUUCCAGAGGAUGAAGACCCUUCAAGUGAAGGACCACGCUAUAACUACACGAGUUCAGGUAAGAAACCUGGUCUACACAGCCAAAAUCAACCCAGCUUCAGAACUGAGCUGGGAGUUUAAGAAGGCGCUCUUGAGUAUCUCUGAACAUCUAGAGAAGAGCCAGACGCGUAUGGCUGCCUACCUGGCAGAACUUCUGGUCCUCAAUUAUGGCACCCAUGUCAUCACUAGUGUGGACGCUGGGGCCACUCUUGUUCAGGAGGACCACAUCAAGGCCUCCUUCCUCCAGGACAAUGAGGGCAGCCGUAGUUCUGUGACCACAGCUGCUGGAAUUGCCUUUCGUAACAUCAUAAACUUCAAAAUUGAGAACAAUUACACCUUUCAGAGUGCCUUAACCAAGAGCUACCUGUCAAACCGAACCAACUCCAGGGUGCAGAGCAUUGGAGGGGUUCCUUUUUACCCUGGCAUCACCCUCCAGGCCUGGCAGCACAGCAUCUUUGACAAUCUGGUGGCCGUGGACCGUGCUGGCCUGCCACUGCAUUUCUUCAUCACCCCCAACAUGCUGCCUGACAUGCCGGGGCCCUUAGUGAGGAAGCUGUACAAGACGGUGGAAGCUGCUGUGGGACGCUACUACGCCUUCAACACCUACCCUGGCUGCACAGAUCGCAGUUCGCCCAACUUCAAUUUUCAGGCCAAUGUGGAUGAUGGCUCCUGUGAGGGGCAAAUGACCAACUUCUCCUUUGGUGGGAUUUAUCAGGAGUGCACCCAGCUCUCGGGGAAUGAUGCUGUCUCCCUCUGCCAAAAGUUGGAGCAGAAGAAUCCACUCACUGGCGAUUUCUCCUGCCCCUCAGGCUAUUCCUCAGUGCGCCUGCUGUCCCAGACCCACGAGGAGACCUACAACCACCAGCAGUGUCAAAAGCACUGUACAUUAUGGAUCUUCUGCCAUGAAAAUUGUGAAAAUCGGUUUGAUGUGGCAAAGGCUGACUUUAGAGCUUUUUGGUGUGUGGCCAAUGGCCAAGUAUCAGAAAACUCAGGACUACUUUUUGGGGGUCUCUUCAGCAGUAAGAGUGUAAACCCCACAACAAAUGCACAGUCAUGCCCAGCUGGCUACAUUUCCCUGAGACUCUUUGAAACCCUCCAGGUAUGUGUUUCUCUGGACUUUGAGUUGGGAAACAGGUUCUUGGUGCCCUUUGGUGGGUUCUUCAGCUGCACAGUUGGGAAUCCCUUGACAGAUUCUAACACAUCCAGAGAUUUAGAGACACCUUCUCGAAAAGGGUGCCCCCAGGGCUUCAGCCAACACGUGGCCCUCAUCAGUGAUGGAUGUCCAGUGUACUACUGUGUCAAAGCUGGGCUCUUUACAGGAGGGUCCCUGCACCCUGCCAGGCUCCCGCCUUAUACACAUUCAUCCCUCACGAGCAAUGCUUCCACCAGCACUAUCCUACUGACUAAUUCUGAGGAUGCAACACUCUGGGUCAAAGACCCGCAGACCCACAAGUGGAGGCAGGGACAGCUGUCGGAGCUGCGUGAGGUCAUGAAGGGCCACCAGGGGGGCCAUGGGAGCUUGUCAGGAGGAGAGGCAGCUGGGGUGACAGUGGGGGUCAUUGCCAUUCUGGCCACUGUCAUUGUCCUGGCCAUCUAUGGCUCAUGGAAGUUCAAGAAGAGGGGAUACAUGGAAAUUGGGGACGGGAAGCAGAGUUUGGCUCUAGACCCAGAGGCAGCCAGAGAGACACCUAAGGAGAAGCAGGGAGAGAGUCCAGCUUAAAUUCUUCCUGGGAAAUUGUUUCAUCUCUAGCCAGAGCGGUCAUCUCCGACCACUUUUGUCUUCCUAAGUACGAAGUGUAACAAAUAGCAGGUGUAACUUUGUGAUUUCAUGUCUCAUUCUCUGGGCUAGAAAAUCCCUAUCGAUAUGUGGACAGGGCUGGGGUGGAGAGAGGGAGCACUUGUGAUUCUUGAAAGCAAAAGCCAUCCUGGGGACUAAAUGGGGGGGUGGGGAAUCCUUUCUCUUCCUGUGUCACUAAUUGUCCUCACUUAAAUGCUCUUGCAUACAAAGAGAGGAGAGAGGUAUUGACAUUUGGAAACUAGGCAUUUGAUCUAAAGUCCACAGUGAUUUGUCACUCAUAAGAAUUCCUGCCUUUAAGCAUGCCCUUCUCUCUAUUUUAUUUUUUAAAAAGCUUUCAUGGUCCUAGAGGCUGGCAGAGCCCUGAAAAGGCACAGGAAGUCCUGCUUGGCCACUGCUUUUUAGCUCUGUGGUCUGCAUAUCGACCAUCUGUGUCACCUUCUCUGUGGAAUCUUCUCUGGGUAAUCUCAAUAGCACCUGAAAAGAAAGAUGUUGCCUGUGCCAAUCUCAUUUUUCCCAGUGCUCUAUGAUAAAGGCUUGGGUCAGAUGCUCCUAGACUUCUGACCAGUGUCAACAAGCCCUCGGAAAGUAUUUUAACUUACAAACUUCUGUUAAGGGCACGGGGGAAGGGAUGGUUUGGAGACAAAGGGUAAGUUAACCAAGGUACAAACUGGGAAAGAGAGUCUGAUGCUCAAGGGAAAUUGAAAUUCUUACCCCCAACCAAGUAAUUGAUUUCUUUCCGUUAGCUCCCCAUAAAUUGGACACCAAAAGGAGCUGUAGAUUUGGAUAGACCAAGCGUUACGGUUUUAUGUUCUGUGUUGCCAAAGCACAAUGCUUUCCUCUUCCAUAGACAGUCCCUAUGCAUUCUAUCCUUCCGUGACACACACACAUAAGUGCACAAACACACACACACAAACAUAGACACUGCAUUCCAAGAAGUCUGCACCAUCCUGCGGGUGAAAAAAGUAAGAAGUCAAAGCAAGCCCACAUCUCCGUGUUACUUCUUCUGAAAAUCAAAACGGAGCAGGAGCACCGGUUAUGCAUGUGCUUUUUUCUCCCAUCAGAAAGGGGGCUGACACGAUCAAAUGCAUGUUUUUCAAUAAACUGAAAAAGGCAUCAUUCAGCACCACCUGUGCCACAUUGAUUUCAGUCCUGGGCCAAAAACCUUGGGGUAUGUAGCAGGAUAUAUGGUUGUCAGCUAGUAAUAUUUGGAACUUUGUUUAAUUUUAAUGCCAGUCUUAAUUAUCUCAACAUUAUCCUAUGAAGGAUAAUUUGUUCUUUCCUUGUUAAUGUUCACAAUCAAGACUUUUCACUGAGAAUAGGCCCUUCAUUUAAGGAGCCUGAUGCAUCCUAGCCUGUGUGAAGAGAGGGACGCGGCUAGUCAUCUGUUUCCAACUGAGAGAGAGAAGUGAAUAACAGAAUUUGUGCCCUGUUCUCCUGACUGCCCACCCAGGGACAUUAAUUUCUAUAACCUUUUCAUUUAACCUGUCUCUUAAGCAUUAAAAUGUUCUCCUCAA